AUUUUCCCCUGGCUUUGAGGUUCCAAUUUCCCCAAGAGUUUCCCAAUGUGGCUCUAAGAUCAGUCUCUCCAAUUCCAAUCCUCAACGCUAUAAUACUAAUCAAUUCCCCACCCCGAUUUCCCCGUCGCGAUUCCAUCAAACAGUUUAGGGAUUUCCCUUCCAACUGCCGAUCGAUCAUCACCAUGGGAGGAGGAGCAGCCAUGCGAACAGUGGCCAAGGUCGCCGGUGUCGGCGUCGUCAACAGUGGAUUCCGCAGCGCAGUCUCCGGGUUACCUCCGGCCGAACACUCCGUCCGCAGCGCAUCUCGCCCCGUUUCUGCGGCGAUCUCCUCCUCUUCGUCUACGUCGUCCGGUGUAGCUGCGGUUCAGCGCCCUGUUUUGGAGCUCGAUGAGUGGGAGAUGGCCGGCGGCGAGGAAGAGGAGCUGAUGUUGUUGGAUUCCUUGGAGCCGAGGCCCAGGCUCGUGUUUGGCGGCCCGCCGACUUCUCAGGAGGCCAAAGAGGCCACCGCCGAGCUCAAGGACGCUCUGGAGAAAAUAUCUAGCCCUACAUAUGGAGGAUCUGCUGCCUCAAUUGGAUUCAGUGACCAUCUUGGCGUCCCUUUGCUUACAAGUUCUGAGCUCGAGACUAAAAACUGCCUGGCUUGCGAGAGAAAAGCAGCUCCAGAAUAUGCUAUCAAUGCAUUGAAGCUGCUAAAUCAAAGUCCCGCUGCUCAGUCCGUCGUGGUUUCAAUUGCAUCGGACCCAAACGUGUGGGAUGCGGUUAUGCGAAACGAUGCACUUACUGAAUACCUCCAGUCCCGCAAGACAAUUACAAGCCCCGUGAACGAGGCUUCCACAGAAUCUGUUACAGAUUUUAGCUCUGAGGACACAGAACCUGUUGCAUUCCAGGAGUCGCAGGCCGGGCUUAUGGACUACCUAGAUGACAUCAAAGUUAAGGUGGUGGACAUGUUCGGCACCGUCUCCUCUUUUCUGCAGAACAUGUUCCAGGUGCCACCUGCUGUAGGGGGAUCUGAUGAGGGAGAUGCGAAAUCGACGUUCAUGGAGAAUGCUGUGGGAGCAUCUUUCUUGGGUUUGGCUGUGAUGGCUAUCAUGAUGGUGGUGCUGAGAAGGGCCUAGCACGAUCCUCUCAAUUUGCCGACCCUACACAAUUCUGUUGCUUUUGAUUCAGGAAAAAUAAAAAUGGAGAGAGGGUGUGUUCUAGUCAUGUAAGUCCUUUUGCACAUACUAUGACUAUGUUAGGUUAUGUCGAUAAUGUGUGAACUGCCGAGUCGAUUGAGCUGUUAUGUUCUUGGUUCGGACAUAAUACCGCUAUGGUCUUUCACCAAGUAUUGGCAAUGGCUUAUAUCAUGUUUGAAAACUGGUAGUAGAACUGUAGAAGUAAGUGCAGUCUCUGCAACAGGUAUCUAAAGAAAGGAAGGUCCUUAUUACUUCUUAGUUAUGGG